AUGGGCAGCGAGUGUGAGACAACAGAUGUGCUAAUCUGCGGGUGUGGCCCGACGGGAGCCAUGCUCUCAGGAUAUCUAGCUCGAUAUGGUAUAGCAAACGUCAUAUUAGAAAGGGAAACAGACAUCACUGUCGAUCCUAGGGGCAUUGCGCUUGACGAAGAUGGAAUCCGACUUGUUCAGGGAUUGGGACUAUAUGAACACAUGUUUACGAAGAUUGGAAGUGCCGUCAGUAAGCUCCAAUUCGUGGGCGGCGUUCACCACAACUUGCAUAAAGAACCAUUCAUGUCGGUCGAUUGCGGGUCGACCGCAGGAAUUACGGGACAUGUUAGCUUCAUGAGUCACAAGCAGCCCGUCCUCGAAAAAUACCUGCGCAGCAAAAUCGGCAGGGAUACUUGUUCGGACUUGCGUAGCGGAUGCACCUUGACGUCGAUACAAGAACGAGGAGAGUGGGUGUACGCAACUUAUCUGGAUGGCCAACAACGCGAACACACUAUACGUUCAAAGUUCUUGGUUGGCGCUGAUGGCAAGACUGGGUUUACGAGGAAACAGUAUCUUGAGCCGCUUGGUGUUGAGUUGCUGUGGGCAGAAAAGACCAAGUAUCAAGAGACUUGGGUCGCUCUCAACUGGAAGAUGAGACUGCCUACCCCCGAAACGCACCCUUCAUUCCCUCUCUGGCGCCUCGGAUACACGCCGCAACAGGUCUACGAUAAAUUCUUCCCCGAACAGUUCCGAUUUUUGUGUAAUCCAAAGAGGCCGGCUGUUUGUGGGAGAUUUGGUCCCCCGGCCGAUCGGCUUUGGAGGUUUGAGUUUGUAGUCGCCCACGACGAGGAUGAUAUGGAGAUGGCCACGCCGGCAAAAAUCGAAGAGGUGGUUGUUCCGUAUAUCACGCACCCGGGAAGCCUCUAUGGCUUAUCUGAAGACGUCAGAUUUCCAGAAGAUUGCAUUGAAGUCCUUCGAUGUAGACCGUUCCGCUUCUCCGCCAGAAGUUGCGACAAAUGGGCUGUUGGGAGAGUCAUUGUCUGCGGCGACGCAGCACAUGUGUUUCCGCCAUUUGGUGGACAAGGCAUCGCGUCCGGAUUCCGAGACGCAAUUUCUCUAAGCUGGCGACUUGCGGUUUUGUGUAGAGCCAAGAACCCGGCCAACGUUGAGCAGACUCUGCGCUGCUGGUAUACCGAGAGAAAGCAACAAUUGGAAGCAUCACUAGCCGCGACAGUGCGCAACGGCGACAUGGUGAACAGCAGUAGUAUCUUCAAGAUAUUUCUCAGGGACUGGGGCCUCUGGCUACUGCAGAUGGCGCCUCCGAUGAAGCGAUGGAUUGAACUUGGUCCAAGACAAGCUGGUCGGAUGCGGUAUGAACAUGGUGAGGGAAUGCCGUUUCUUCCGGAGUUCGGGGGCGGCGCUUUAUUCUCACAGGGGUAUUGUGUUGGUCUGAGUUCGAAGGGCACUGAUGUGCCUAAAGUUCAGCUUACGGAUGAUGUGAUUUUCAGCGAGGGCAAGGAGGGUGUCUUCCAAAUCGUCGUCCUCCUUAGCAAAGACAUCGACGAAUUGGGGAGCCUGGAGAGUGACUUGAAGGGUCUUGACAAAAUAUGCCCUUUGCUACAUCCGGACGAAGCGUCGUAUUUUAUUAAGAGGUCACACGUACAUUCAAAUCCCAUUGGUUCUCCUUUGGAUGUAUUCCGCACUGCAUCAGGGGAGGAGUUUGAUGCUUCGCCGUUGAGUGCGGGACGACCGCCGGUGCGUGGAUACAGAGAGUACGACAUGUGGACAGCGGCGGAAGAGAAGAAGUAUGUUAUAUUGAGGGCGGACAGGUUUGUUUUUGCGGCUUGUGACUCCAGCAAGGAAUUGGAAAAGGCUGCUGCGCGGUUAAGCGAGUUGGCGUUGAGGUGA